AGUGGAGAGUCCGGGCUGUGUUUACUUCCGUCAAUAUUUUGAGCAAGAAAACCCAGAACAGACACGGAAGACGUACGUAAACGAGUUGUCAUUGCCUUUUAAGGUGCUUUGUAUUUCAGCGACCACCCCCCAAGUAGCAAAUAAAAUGCCUUUCUUGGGCCAGGACUGGAGGUCCCCAGGGUGCAGCUGGACAAAGACAGAACACGGCUGGAAGAAGAUGGUCAUCUACGGACACGAGCUGGAAGACAGUAACAGAGAGAUAGACUUAAAUGACUUCCCCUGCGACAACUCUGAACAUCUGUUUGUUGAAGAUAUCUGUGAACUUGCCACCCCAAAAAGGAGGAAGGAUUUCUACAACAACAACACUAAAUCCCAGUUUUCUUUCAGGGAUAAAUGGAUCUAUGUGCAGAAAGGCAGCACAAAAGAACGCCACGGGUACUGCACUCUCGGCGAAGCGCUAAACCGCCUGGACUUUUCCAGUGCCAUCCAUGACUUGAGACGAUUCAACUACGUGACAAAACUUUUCCAGUUGAUAGCCAGAUCCCAGCUGACGUCAUUGAGCGGAGCCGCGCAGAAAAACUACUUUAACAUUCUUGAGAAAAUUGUACGAAAGGUUGAAGAGGACCAGUACAAUCCACGCCUUGUCAAGGAGCUCCUGCAGGAUCUCAGCUCCACGCUGCACAGUUUGACGCUCCACGUGGGGAGGUGCGUGCUGGUAGGCAACGUCAACAUCUGGCUGUAUCGUCUAGAGAACAUCCUCAAGUGGCAGCAGCAGCUCACAGACCUACAGAUCCCCAAGCAAAUGUGCAAUGGCAUGUCGUUCAGCGACUUGCCGCUGCAUAUGCAGAACAAAAUCCUCUACAAUCUGUCUGACGCCUGUGACAUCCUCAACCUGGGACAGGCCACGCCUACGCUGCACAUCCUCAGUGAGAACAGGAUACUGUGGAAGAAGCUAUGCCACUUCCAUUUCUCUGACAGACAGCCAUUCUCGAGAAAUUUGGCCUUGGCCAAGAGUCACAGCGUGGACUGGAAGUUGUUGUACUUCACCCUUCAGAAGCAAUACCCCGUGAAGGAGCAGUACGGAGACACUUUGCACUACUGCAAACAUUGUAGCAUCCUCUUUUGGAAGGAUCGGCUGGCAUUGUUAUUCAAGGACUGUGGCCACCCGUGCACCGCGGACGACCCGGACAGCUGCCUCAUGCCCGUCUCUCCACAGCACUUUAUCGACCUCUUCCAGUUCUGAGUUGUUGGUCCACACCUGGGAGUGUACGAGAUCCUGAUGUUGUUUACCCGAGUACAAAGGGCUUUAAUCGAGGUACAUUUAACAAUAGGUCUCCGAGCUUUUUGGCACAAAUCUUUUUCAAAGGCGACAGGGAAGAAAAGAAGAUACUGGGUUUGUAGAAUUUUUUAAAAAAGCGACUCCAUUUUUGUACAAAUCUU